AAGAAACGCAGAAUUUCUAUAAAUGUUAUUCAUAUUUCCGACGAUUCAUUCCAUUUUUAAUCUCUGGACGACAUUUAGUCAUAUUUCCAAACGAAAUACAAAAAAAGAAAUGUAUAAAUUUUUUUGUGGCUAUAACGUGUGCUAUUUUUAACAUCAAAUCGAAGGGCUGAAUUUUGGACGUGAUUCUUUCAAUUAAAUUUUUUUGUUAAUUUGUGCGCAUUUUCAAAUAGAAAAAAUGUCGAAAAUUGUGGCCAAACUUCCAGACUUAUACGAAUCGUAUAAAUUAUGGGUCAGCUCGAAUCCACAGGUCGUGGGUGAUGUGGAAACAACAGUCAAAUGGCUAUCGUAUUUUUUAGUCGGUCGUGUGAAUAGUUCGACCAUUGUUUCCGAAUUGAUCUACACAUUGUCGAAUUUGCUAGUAUUGUUCAACGACAGAAUCAUUGAAAAGUCAAAGAGUGCGUACGUUUCAAAUGAUCGGUCCAAGUACAGGCUGAAAAUUUUGCUGACCACACUGGAAUACAGCGAAGUGUUCAUUGAACUGUCAGCGAAAAAGCUAUGGGGUCAACGUGGCCGUUGGAUAUUCAUUACAAUUGUGCAAAUUGUUAAAUGCAUCGGGCGACUAGUGUUGAAAUUCUACCAUCGGGAAAUAAUCACUCAGAACCCACCAAUUGUUGCACUUGAUCGCAAGAACAUUGACAAAACACUGGCCGAAGCAUCGGCUGCUGAAUCCGCGCCGGAUAUGUUUGACUCGGCCAAUUCAACGUUCACAUUCAAAUUGAAAAGAUCCGGUCGUGUGGUGCGUAAGGUUGAAGGAUCACCGCCAGUCUAUUUGCGUUCGUGGAAACCAUUGGACCCAGACACCGUCGAUGAACCGACCAGCGUUCCAGUUGUCAAGUAUAAGAGCCUCACUACAGCCGAAGUGUUGUACAUUUUGAAGCCGAUGUUCCAUCUGACAAGCGCCGGCAUAUUCGGCAUCAACAGCUGGAAGAGUUAUAGUGUAGCUUUAUUCAUUGAUCUAGCCAGUUUGAAUAUGUAUAAGAAGAACAUGCGGUCUUUGUCGCCAAAGCAACGUCUUGAACUCUCGCGCCGUACAAUUCAACUACUCUUAUAUCUCAUGCGUUCCCCAUUCUACGAGAAGUUCACUCAACGCAAAUUGACUGCUUUGAUCAACGCCAUUGCCUGCACCAUUCCCUUCAGCAGCACCAUUUGUCAGCCAUUGCUUGAAUACAUUCCACAAUGGCAGCAAACUUACUUCUACAUGUGGUCAACGUAGACGAUGUCGAUAAAAUGAAUGUCGUGAAUUAAAUUCAAAUAAAAUAUUCUAUAUAAGCGAAUUACUAGGGUGAUUAUAAUGAGAGGUGGAGAGUGUAAUUUUUAGCUGGUUUUUAUGUGGUUGAAUAAACAAUAAAAAAACAAAAUAUUUUGGCAUUUCAAA